AUGAAAGCCGUCAGCAGAACUAGUACCAUGGGUCUGCGUGGCAGAAACCUGCGAUUGGCCAUAACCAUCACUGCCGUGACCGGUUUCUCGCUCUUCGGCUACGACCAAGGCCUCAUGUCCGGGCUCAUCACCGGCAAACAGUUCAACGACGAGUUCCCAGCCACCAAGUCCCUCAGCAGCGACGACCGCAAAGCAACGCUCGUCCAGGGCGCCGUCACCUCGUGCUACGAGCUCGGCUGUUUUUUCGGCUCUCUGUUCGUCAUGUUCAUGGGCGAACGCAUCGGCCGUAAGCCUCUCGUUAUCCUCGGCUCCCUCGCCACCAUCCUCGGUACUGUCAUCUCCACCGCCGCGUUCGGUCCUCACUGGGGGUUGGGCCAAUUCGUCGUCGGCAGAGUUAUCACCGGUGUCGGCACGGGUCUCAACACCUCCACUAUCCCCGUGUGGCAGUCGGAAAUGUCCAAACCGGAAAAUCGAGGCCUCUUGGUCAAUCUCGAAGGUUCCGUUAUCGCGAUCGGAACCAUGAUCGCCUACUGGAUCGAUUUCGGUCUCUCCUACGUCGACUCCUCCGUGCAAUGGCGUUUCCCAGUCGCCAUGCAGAUCUUUUUCGCGCUCUUGUUGCUGGCCGGAAUUUGGGAAUUGCCCGAUUCUCCUCGUUGGCUCAUGUCCCGUGGUAGAAACCAAGAGGCGGUCGAGAUUUUGGCCGCUUUGGACAAUCUCGCGGUCACCGACGACGCCAUCGUCGCCGAAGCUUCCUUCAUUCAAGACGCCGUUAACCGUUUCCGUCACGAAAAAAGAUCCAUCAAGGAUUUGUUCACCGGCGGCAACUCUCAAAAUUUGCAACGUGCUCUAAUUGCCGCUUCCACCCAAUUCUUCCAACAAUUCACCGGUUGUAACGCGGCCAUUUACUACAGUACCGUGUUGUUUGAACAGUCUAUCGGCUUGAAAGGUAAACUACCUUUGAUUUUAGGAGGUGUGUUUUCCACCAUUUAUGCCCUUUCCACCAUUCCCUCGUUUUUCUUGGUUGAGUCUUUAGGUAGACGUAAACUAUUUUUGCUCGGGGUUACAGGCCAAGCCGUUUCUUUCACCAUCACUUUUGCGUGUCUCAUUAAGAAAAACGACCCUGAAGUCGCCAAAGGUGCUGCCGUUGGUUUGUUCCUGUUCAUCUGCUUUUUCGGUAUGUCCAUGUUGUCUUUGCCUUGGAUUUACCCUCCAGAGAUUGCCUCCAUGCGUGUGCGUUCUGCUACCAACGCUUUCUCGACUUGCACCAACUGGCUUUGUAACUUUGCCGUUGUCAUGUUCACUCCAAUUUUCAUCCACGAUGCUCGUUACGGUUGUUACUUGUUUUUCGCUGCCAUCAACUACUUGUACAUUCCAGUCAUUUUCUUCUUCUACCCUGAGACUGCCGGUAGAUCUUUGGAAGAGAUCGAUAUCAUUUUCGCCAAAGCUCACAUCGAUGGCACUCAACCUUGGAGAGUCGCUGCCAACUUACCAAAACUAUCGUUGGCAGAAAUUGACGACCAGGCCAAUGCUUUGGGUCUAUACGACGACGAUUUGGAAAAGCAAGACCUUGAAGACGACGCCGAUGCCGACGGUGAAAAUGCUUUGAGAAAUCGCAAUGGUGCUGCUGGUGUUGCCGGCUACACUUUAUUCGAAAAGAAGGAAACUGAGCAAGAUCCCAGUGGAGAAGUGACUCCAGGUGCUAGAGCUCCAGCCGACGGGUCUUCCAGUUCGCAGAAAUCCGAGUAA